UUAUCACUCCACAUUUGUUAAUUCAAACAUAAAGAACAAACAACAAUUUCCGCAAAAUGACAUUCAAACUUGUACUUGCUUUAGCUAUUGUGGCCACAGUUGCAGCUGGCUAUGUCCCUGUACAUCAUCAAAAUGUUUACCAUGCUGACUCUGUUUAUCAUGCUGCUCCUGUGGAACAUCAUGUUGUACCUGUAGCCCACAAGGUCUACACCAAAACUGUUGAGGAAUACGACUCACAUCCUCAGUACCAAUUUUCUUAUGGUGUCGAUGAUAAAGUAACAGGAGACUCAAAGAGUCAGCAUGAGGAACGUGAUGGCGAUGUUGUACAUGGUCAAUAUUCUUUAAUCGAUGCCGAUGGUUACAAACGUACUGUCACCUACACUGCUGAUGACCACAACGGUUUCAAUGCCGUUGUACAUCGUGAACCUUUGGUUAAAGUAGCUCAUCUUGCCCCAGUUGCUGUUAAGUCUCAUUAUGCUCAUGUUCCAGAAGUAGCCAGUUAUCACAAUGCUGCUCCUUCUUACUAUAACAACCAUCAUCAUUAAAUUGGACUAAUGAAUUAUAACAUUGUUAAUGAAUCAUAAUCUUGGGAACUUGCCGCAGUAUUUUGUUAUUUAAACGAGUAUUUUUUAGAUUUAAGUUUUAUUUGUGAUAUAUUUGUUCAAUUCACAACUUAUCGUAUGAGUUGUAUGUUGUACAUCGCCCCCUCAAUAAAACAAUAGUGUAUAAGCACAUAUUCUACUUCCACAAAGUUGUUCAAAAGAUCAAUUGAAAUAUUACUUUUGUUCUAGAUGUCUACUAACACAAAAAUUUUAAACUCAAUUAUUUCGAAACGGCAAAAAAAUUAUACACUAUUGUUUUAUUAAGGGGAUGAAAU